AUGGCCGGUCUUGGCCACCACAGGGGGCUAGCAGUGUUCAUAAAGUUGCUCGUAGUGCUUGUUGCGAGAGCUAAUGGCGCCGAUAUCCUUCUAGAAUGGAAUGUUUCACUUGACACUACCAUCAAACCUAUUUCUGUUGAUCAACCUGUUAUUACCAUCAAUGGAAUGUUCCCUGGACCCCUUAUCAAUUCAACCACCAAUGAUUUAGUCCAUGUGAAUGUUUUUAAUAAUUUGGAUGAGCCAUUGCUCUUUACAUGGAAUGGGAUACAACAAAGGCUCAACUCAUGGCAGGAUGGAGUUUCUGGGACUAACUGCCCAAUUCAACCUGGUACAAAUUGGACUUAUGUGUUCCAGACCAAGGAUCAGAUUGGCAGUUUUUUCUAUUUUCCCUCCAUUAACUUUCACAAAGCUGCUGGAGGUUUUGGUCCUAUUAGAGUCAAUAAUCGGAACGUUAUUGCUGUCCCCUUCCCCAAACCAGAAGCUGAGUUUGAUCUUCUCAUUGGUGACUGGUAUCAUAACAGUUACAAGAGGACUAGGGAAAUGAUGAACAGGCUAACCGAGACAGAUGAAAUAAGUCCUGAUACUAUACUGAUGAAUGGCAAAGGCCCUUAUGGCCGUCUAUUAACCAAGGCCUAUGAGUCCUUCACUGUCACAAAAGGAAAGACUUACAGGUUCAGGAUAUCAAAUGUAGGGAGUGCAUUUAGUUUCAACUUCAGGAUUCAAAACCAUAAAAUGGUUUUGGUUGAAACAGAAGGCUCUUACCCGAAUCAGAUAACAAUGGAUUCACUUGAUGUGCAUGUCGGCCAGUCCUAUUCAGUUCUUGUCACAAUGGAUCAGAAUGAAGCUGAUUACUACAUUGUUGCAACUCCUUUGUUGCUCAACACCACUACUACUACUAGCCUUGUGGGUGUAGGAGUGCUACACUACUCCAAUUCCCUUACACAAGCUAAUGGUCCUCUACCUACAGGGCCUGACCCCUUUGAUUUGGUUUGGUCAGUUAAUCAAGCUAAAUCUAUUAGGUGGAACAUGACAACAGGAGCUGCAAGGCCCAACCCACAAGGAACUUUUAAUGUAACAAAUGUUACCAUAACACAGACCUUCAUCCUAGAAGGCUCUAUGGCGAAAAUUGAAGGUGCACUGCGCUACACUGUCAACAAUGUCUCAUAUUGCACUGUAAAUACCCCUUUGAAGCUUGCAGAUUACUUCGUCAAUGGAUCCAACGUAUAUCAACCUAUAGAUUGGUUCCCAGUUAGUGCUGUCAAAGCUGAGGCUACCUAUGGAAUUUCUGUUGCCACUGGAAUUCACAAAGGCUGGAUUGAAAUUGUGUUUGUCAAUAGUUUGGAUGUCAUGGAUUCUUGGCAUUUAGACGGAUAUGGAUUCUACGUUGUUGGGUUUGGCGAUGGAAGCUGGAGACCGGACGCACGAAACACUUACAACCUGUUUGAUCCUGUAGUUCGCUCCACAGUGCAAGUGUAUCCCAAAGGAUGGACUGCAGUUUAUGCAUUUCUUGACAAUCCUGGAAUGUGGAACCUGAGAUCACAAAGCUUGAAAAAUUGGUACUUGGGCCAAGAACUAUACAUUCGAGUCCACGAUAAUGAUCCUAACCCUGCCAAGGAACGCCCCCCACCUGAUAAUCUGCUUUUAUGUGGUAUUUUUGAUGAUAUGGCUAGUGCACCUGUUCCUGCCCCUUCUCCAAGGUCAUCGGGAUGGUGA